AUGUCGUCGCUUGUCGCAGUCGCCGGAGGAACUGGAAACCUAGGCCGCACCAUCGUCGAGGCCAUCAUCGCCGACGGGAAAUUCCAAGUUCUCAUCCUAGCCAGAGAGGCCAAUGCCGAAAAGGAGAAGCAGAUUGGGGCAAAGAUCCUGCCCGUCAACUACGCCGAUGUCGACGGCUUGACCAAGGUCCUCGAGGAUAACAAUAUCGAGACUGUCAUCUCUACCCUGAACACCAUGGGUGUUGCGGAGCCGGAGCUGAACCUCAUUGCGGCUGCUGAUCGGGCCAAGACCACGAGGCGCUUUGUUCCAAGCAUUUGGGGCGCCAAGUACACCCAAGAGAUCUCCGACAGCUUUCCCAUUGCAAAGGCGAAGCUGGCUGUCACUGCCGCGCUUGAGAAGACGAGCCUCGAAUACACCUCAUGGCUUAUUGGCUAUUUUGCCGACUACUAUAUCGCACCCCAUCUUCCCAGUCACAUGACCAUCCUGAGAGUUGUCAUUGACAUGGCGAACAACGCGGCGGCUAUUCCUGGGUCUGGUGAUGUCCCCGUGGCAUUCACCUACACCGUGGAUCUCGCCAAGUUUGUCUCCGCGUCGCUGUCCCUGCCCAAGUGGCAGCCCGAAACGUACCUCACCGGCGACAAACUGACAUGGAAUCAGCUUCUCGCGCUCGCUGAGGCUGCCAAGGGUACCAAGUUCAGCGUGACGUAUGAUUCAGUGGAUUCGUUGAAGGAAGGCAAGGUCUCGGAACUGCCCAGCCACGCAGCCAUGUAUGGCUUUCUCCCGAAGGAACAGCUGCAGGGCAUUUUGGCGACGUUUGGACUCAUGUUUGAGACCGGCUUGUUCAACUUGGAGGGCCCCUCUAUUGUGAAGGAUUUCCCGGACAUCAAGUUGAGGACGAUGAAGGAGCUGCUGACCGAGGCCUGGGAGGGCAAGGAAUAG